AUGUCGUGGUUGCUUGGGAGCGUGGUUAGCUCUAAGCCUCUAGUUUUCACCGAUGAUAGUAGCAAGCUUGUUUGUAUAUUCUGGAUUAUCUUUGCUUAUUAUAUUGGUUUUGUUAGCCUGAAGUUGUUUGUCGAGAUUAUGGAGCUUCUCCGAUUGUUGUUUGAGAUAUGGCAGUAUCUGCAUCAUGAUUUCUCAUACUAUAGAUUUUGGGUGAGUCCGGAAAAAUCUAAUCCUCCAACUGCUUUGUCAAUGUGCGAACCCGAUUAUCUGAACUUCCUGUUCCAGGCUAAUUUUGAGGUGUCUGCUUUGCUUGGUCGUAGCCUAAAAAAUGAUGUGCUAGACCCACAACAAUUUUUCACUUCGUUUUUCACCAAAAUGGAUCCAACCGAUACUACCUUGCGUGCACUGUAUUGGGAUGGGAUGGGGCAGAAGUGGGCCCCAUCGGUUGUCUCUACCGGUAAACCUAAUUCGAUUCAAUCUCCAUAUCCACAACCAAAGUUUGAGUAUCAAUUACCACUUGAUUCAAAUGGCACCCUCUUCCAACAUAUCCAUAACAAGGCGGGUGGAAAAUCAUCAUCCUCUUUAUCUUGGAAAAGUCGUUUGAGGAUUGCAACUGAAAGUGCUGGAGCGCUUGCGUAUCUGCAUUCAUCGGCUUCUAUACCCAUCAUUCAUAGGGAUAUUAAGUCUGUCAACAUACUUUUAGAUGAAAAUUUCACUGCAAAAGUAUCAGAUUUUGGGGCAUCAAGGUUGAAUACAGUGGGCGAAGCCCAAAUAGAUACAUUAGUUCAGGGGACUUUAGGGUAUUUAGAUCCAGAGUACUUCCUAACUAGCCAAUUGAUAGAUAAAAGUGAUGUCUAUAGUUUUGGUGUAGUUCUUGUCGAACUUUUAACAGGAGAAAAACCACUUUCUUUUGAUCGACCACAGGAACAAAGAAGUCUAGUUUCAUUUUUCCUUGAAGCAAUCGAAAAGAAUGACGUAUUUAAGCUUAUAGAACCUCAAAUAGUGUGUGAAGCAACGCGGGAACAUUUCAUUGCAGUUGUGGAGCUUGCGAGUAAAUGCCUCAGCACGGAGGGUGAACAUAGACCCACAAUGAAACAAGUAGCUGCAGAGCUAGAAAGCUUAUGUAAAUUAGAGACGUCGCCAUCUGGAGUUCAUAAUCAGCAGACCCUUGAGAGAAAGCCUAACAAGUUCAUCGAUGAUACAAGAGACCUCUAUUCAGUAUCAAGCGCGUACACCUCGGGUGAUUCUGGUCAAUACAGUAGCAUGGAGAAUGAUAUGAUGAGUCCAAUGAACAGGCCCCGGUAA